GGCGUGUGGCAACGUAUUCUGUAGAGGACAGGUCUCUUCAUGGACAGAGGUUCUUGUAAAACGAAUGGAAAAAAUGACUCGGUACAUUGUGUGAAAAAGAGGGACACUUCUUAAAAGGUUACAUUUUUUUCUUCUUCAGGGAGCCUGUCAUAUAUACGGACGCCCUCGACAAGCUUAUAAAGCUAUGGAAACCUCACCAGCAGGCAUCCCAAACCCCAGCCCUUCUCCUCCUGCCGCUGUGAGGACAGGCCCUCCCUCUCCACAAUCUUGUCCGAAACUCGCAAGGCCGCCGCCGUCCUCCUCGACAACCUCAUCUCAGCCGGCGCCACGUCUUUAUUCCCGCUCCUCUUCGCUCCCCACGCCGACAGCUUCGCCACUCCGCUCGUCCGUCAGAAGCCCCUCUCACCUGGGAAGAGCUCAGCUCAAUGCGGCUUCCUCUGCUACUGCUGGAAUGUCAUCUGGAGCCGCAGUUCCUACCGCGCCUGAACCAGAGGAGCCAGAGGAGGAGGCCAAUCUUGAGGAAGUGGCCGAGAGAGCAAAGACGGGUGACGCUAAAGCGCAGACCAAGAUGGGCCGCUUCUUCCUGGCUCUGGCCCAAGAGAGAGACGAGGAGCUGAACAACUGCACCGCGGUCACCUGGCUGGUCCAGGCCGCUAAACAGGGCCGCAAGGACGCCGUGAAGCUGCUGCAACAGUGCUUAUUCUCCAGGGAAGGCAUCACUCUCGAGAACUAUGAGGAAGUCAAGAAGCUGUGCACAGAAACCCGUUUCGAAAGGGGAGUUCGGAAAGCGGCUCUGCUCAUGUACUGGAAGUUGAACCCUGAAAGGAAGAGGUCGGUGACCGUUUCAGAGAUGCUGGAGAACGUGGAACACGUUCGCAUCGAUCAAGACAAACGAGUCUCUCAAGGCCCACUGAACAGCUCCGCUAAGAAACAGAGGAGAGUUCUGGAGGCAAUGGUGACCAGCGAGUCCAUCUCUGACGUCGGGAUGGAUGAAUUUGUCGAGAUGACAAAGAAGUACGCUCGGGGAAUGGGGCCGCCCCCCGCGGUGGCGGCCAUGUCGGGGAGCGACGACGAUGUCGACGACGUGGUGGUGAGGAAUCCAGAUGAGCUGCCCCUCCACCAAAAGGUAGGCGCUUCACAGUCGGGGAUGGAAAUCCCGCACGACAGUGACCCGGCUUCUCUGCGUCUGUCCCGUCACCAGCUGCUGAAGUUCCCGCUUCACGCUCUGCUGGAGAUCAAGGAGCACCUCAUCGACUGGGCGUCGCGGGCGGGCAUGCAGUGGCUCAGCGCCCUCAUCCCCACGCACCACGUCAACGCGCUCAUCUUCUUCUUCAUCAUCUCCAACCUUACCAUAGAGUUCUUCCUCUUCCUCAUUCCUCUGCUGGUUUUCCACCUCUCCUUCUUCUCCAUGGUCAUCUGCACACUGCGGGUAUUCCAGAAUUCCAAAGCCUGGGAAAACGUCCGAGCUCUGACCGACCUGCUGACUCACUUUGAGCCUGGUCUCGAUGUGGAGCAAGCCGAGACCAACUUUGGAUGGACACACUUGGAGCCCUAUUUAUACUUCUUGCUCUCCGUGGUCUUCGUAGUGUUCUCCUUCCCGGUGGCCGACAAGUCGUGGAUCCCGUGCUCCGAGCUGGCCGCGGUGGCUCUCUUCUUCACCGUCACUGCCUUCCUCAGCCUCCACGCCUCCGCCAAGUUGUUUGCCCGCAGAGCUCUGCUCACGGAAGUACUCUCGGGGGCCUGCUCCCUCGCUUACCUGCUGCCGGACUCACUGUGGGUGCUCAGGAUUUUCGGAAGGACGUUAGUCUCGGUGCCUCUGGGCGACAUCGUGGCGCUGAACUUUGGGGUACCCUGCGCCCUUUACGGCCACCUGGUCUACCUCCUGUUCCGCAUGGCCCAGUUGCGGGGCUUCAAGGGGACUUACCUGUGCCUGGUGCCGUAUCUGGUUUGCUUCACGUGGUGUGAACUCUGCUUGGUGUUCCUCAGUAACGCCACCGCCAUCGGCCUCAUACGAACCUGUGCAGGCUACUUCCUCUUCCUCUUCGCCCUGCCCAUUCUCUCCCUGGGCCUGGCCGCGAUGCUCAUCAUUCAGCUCCUGCAGUGGUUUGUCGCCCUGGAGAUCACCAAAAUGGCCGUCACGCUGAUCGUGUGCUUCGUGCCGGUCGUUUUGAGGCUUUGGACCCGCUUCAGCCUGAACCCCAUUGUGGUAUUUCGCUCUCUAUCUAGGAGCAGCAUCGUUAAACUCAUCCUGGUGUGGCUCAGCGCCGUGCUGCUCUUCUGUUGGAUGUACGUGUACAGGUCGGAGGGCAUGAAGGUGUACAACUCCACCCUCACGUGGCCAGAGUACAGCAACAUGUGCGGCCCGUUGACGUGGAAGGAGUCUAACAUGGCCCAAACUCAGAUCCUCUGCUCGCACCUCGAAGGCCACAGGGUCACCUGGACGGGACGCUUCAAAUACGUGCGUGUGACAGACAUCGAGAACGGGGCGCAGUCCGUCAUCAACCUGCUUCCUGUGUUCGUUGGGAAUUGGAUGCGUUGUCUGUACGGUCAGCCGUAUCCUGCGUGCGACAGGACGCAAACCCCGCCGGUGGGCCCUCACCCUUUCCUGUCCCCGCUGCUCCAAGACCCCCUCUGUAAACUCAAACAACUCACCAAGCACGAAUGCCACGUGAAGUGCUUUGACCGCUACAAGUUCGAAGUCACCAUGGGCAUGCCGCAAGAGAGGAAGACCAAGAACGGGACUGUCGUGGAGGACGAGGACGCCACCAAGGACAUCGUCCUGCGCGCCAGCAACGAGUUCAAGUCAGUGCUGUUGCACUUGAACACGGGAAGCCUGGUAGAGUUCAGCACCAUUCUAGAGGGACGUCUGGGCUCCAAGUGGCCUGUUUUCGAGCUGAAAGCCAUUCACUGCUUGUCAUGCGGCGAUGCCCGCCUGCCCAGCAGCAGACAGUACAAGAUUGAACACGACUGGAGGCGAACGGUCCAGAGUGCCCUGCAGUUUGGCUUCGACUUCUUCUUCAACCCCUUCCUGACCGCCCAAAUACGCCAACUCCCUGACACCGAAACCGACACUGUGAUAGAAGUGACAGGGUCAUAGGUGUGACUUGAUUCUGUUGGCUUUUGAACUAAACUCUUUUGAGAAUACAGACACUACUUGCUAAAAGUGAGCAAUAUUCAGCUUUGGGUGAAAUUUCAGAAUGAAGCUAAAAUGCACUGCAGUGUUCCUCCACAUAUUCGCUGCUCCUGGAUUCUCCUAUUCGUGUGUUGUUGUUGUUUUUUUUCCCCCCAUAUCCGCCUCCAUUAUUCCCUGAAAAACUUGCUGUUUUGGUACUGAUCCCAAAGCCAAUUUGUAAUAUAAAAACAUUACAGCCAUCAUUUUGCCUUGGAACUACAGUAGUGCCUUGAGAUGUGAGUGCCUUGACUCAUGUUUUUAUGAUACAAACUUGCUUGAUCAAUUGUUUUGUCUUGAGAUAAAAGCAACGUUUAGAUACGAGCGCUCUUCAGACCUCCACAAUUAGAUGACGGCAGCACAUUUCACAACAUCCGGCCACCAUCAAUUGACACUGGUUUCCUUGCAGUGGAUGGAUGGUAUCAGUUGGGAGCAGUAAUGCAGCAUUAAGUUGGUUUGCCAACUGCCAACUUGACCCCACAGGAGAAGGAAGACAGUACAUUAGGUAUAGUCGUUUUGUGCUCCCGUUUUUGCAGGUUAUAUGGAUAGGAAAUGUAAUUACUGUGCGUUUUUAUACAAUACAAAUACUGUUAGGUGCAGUUUUUCUGAGGACAAAACACAUUUUGUUUGGUCUUUGAGCUGCUGGAACAGAAUACUUGCAUUUACAUUCAUAUCAAUGGGGAAAGAUUUCAGAUAAGAGUGUUUUGAGAUACAAGUGCGGUCAAUGAGCGAAUUAAACUCUUAUCUCAAGGCACCACUAUGUUGAAGUGAGUUAAGAAGUUCGGGUAGUGCUUCGCUGGUAUCUUGGUGCUAAGGAACUAUGUUGAAGUAAAUUGAGCAUCAUGUCGUGCUUUGCCGCCAUAUUGUGGAACCUAUAGACAGUUAUAUACCUUCUGUGGGAUUCAGCAAUUUGUGCAAAAAGUAUUGAAACAUUGAAUUGUUGGAAGUGCAUUCAAAUGCUUACAGGAGGUCAAAUUUAGGUUAUAGUGCAUUUUAAGUUCAUCCUGAAAUUUUCACCUGGAAAACCUUUGUGAGUAGUGUUUCCCAUGUUUUCAAAGGUGAACACUAAAAGUAAGACACCACCAAAGUCUCUGUAUUUGCGCUUACUUUUGGUGAACACGUUUUCAUCCUUCGUAAGAUAAACAAACAUGCUCACUGCACAAUGUAUUUCAACCCAUUUGUGGACAGCUGAAAAUGACUUUGUUGCCACACUGUCAUGUGAUGAGAACAUUGGCAAGUUGUUUUCAAGUGCCUUCAUCACAUUUCAAAUACACUAAAUAUUUCUGGGAUCCUUUUCAUUUCAAAAGUUAUUAUUCCAGUUAUUUAUUCUGCCUUCUGUUCCUCCUGCAUCUGUGUUUAUGAACCUGCUGUGCAGGAAUCAAAUGUUAUCAGCCCCUGCGUGAGGUUUAAAUUGGGAGCAGACGUUUUCUUGUGACCCAUAAAAAUGGGAGAAAACACAUUGCAUUAAGUACACAAAGAAUUGUCAAGCUUUGCAAAUAAUUGUGUAACCCUGAUUAGCAUUUGAUGAACUCAUUAAAAUAUAGAGUUGUGUA